UUACAACUUUUAUUUUCAAACAAAAAAUCUCAAUUGCUUGUUUUCAAAUAGUUUGUUGAAAAAAAACAUUAAAUUCUCACAAUUUUAGUUAUCUUAAAUAAAAACUAAGCACAUAACUCAACACACAUCAUUCCCAUCAAUACAGCAACAUGACUCGUCACGCUAGAAACUCAACAGCCGGAUCAGUUUACACUUAUCAUGAAAAGAAGAAGGAUUCCAAAACUUCUGGAUUUGGAACUGAGCAUCAACGUUUGGCUAAAGAAUCGUUAAAGUCAUUCGAUUGCUGCAAUUUGACUCUUCAGCCGUGUGCACUUCCAGUCAUCACUAAGGAUGGAUAUUUAUUUGACAAAGAAGCUAUUCUGCAGUAUAUUAUUACCAAAAAGGGAGAAUACAACAGGAAAAUGAAGGAAUUUGAGAAGCAAAAGAAAUCGGAUGAGGAUGAAUUGGCUGAGAUUGCAGCAGCUGAGAAUAAGAAGAAGUUGGAAGAUUUUGUUAAGACUGAGAAGAAUAUCAAGAUUGGAACUAAGAUGGACCAAGCUGGCCCCAGCACAUCAUCAGCUCUCUCAAACAUGACAGGCAACAACAAGCAUCAACUGCCAAGCUUCUGGGUUCCAUCACAAACACCAGACUCUGGUAAAGCAAAGUUCGAGAAGCCAGACAGCACAAUUUACUGUCCAGUCAGUGGAAAAGUCCUCAAAUCGAAAGAUCUGAUUGAUGUGAAAUUCACAUUGGCUGAUCCAAAUGCAAAGCAGUCACUCGUUGGACAAGAAAAUCGUUAUAUCUGCGCUGUGUCAAAGGAUAUUCUGACAAAUUCGAUGCCGUUGGCUGUAUUAAGACCCACUGGUGAUGUUGUAACCAUGGAUUGUGUUGAGAAGGUGAUCAAGAAGGACAUGAUUCAUCCAUUGACUAAUGAGCAGUUGACAGAAAAGGACAUCAUUAUGCUGCAGAGAGGUGGAACUGGAUUUGCUAGUGUAAAUCAAUUAAAUGCUAAGGUUGCAAAGCCAGCACUUCAGUGUUAAGAGUUAAAAUUAAUAAAAAGGAAUUUAACCAAAAUAUGAAAUUUUAAAUCUUUUAUUUUUGUCAAAAAACUGCAAUUUUAAGUCAUUUACAUGCAUUCUUGGACGUACAUCUUGGUUGUUUCACAGACUGGCAAUGGAUGCAUUUGUGGACACUGUAAGAACAAUUUCUUGAUUGUGCAACCUAAAAGCUUUGGUAAAUGUGCUGGAAAUUGACAUGGACCUUCAAGUCCAGCUGGUCUGACUUCCAAUGCACAUUCAUCAACAGAAGUUUCAAUCAAGUCAUCCCAUUCACUAUCAAAGACUGAGCUUUUCAAGGUUCUUUUAAGUCCAUUCAAGUUGACAUUUGCUGAGUCAUAGACAAUUUUAGUGAUACGCCAUAAGCAGCCCAUUGGACAGCAUUCAUCAUUAGAUCCAAUGCAUUCAUCCAAGCAAGUGUCAAUAAGGACACGAUGAAGAUUAAUGUGUGGAUAUUUGCAGCACUUAUGAAGCUCCCAGCGGUGAAGAUUCAAUUCAUUGCAUCGGGUUAGAUUGACGACACUUUCAGGUGGACUUUGUGAGUCGUAUUGAUGGAUGUUGGCUGAUGCAGCAGCAAUUGUCAUGCACAAUAUUAAAAAUUUUAUAUUUUUGCACAUUUUUUGUCUUAGUUUUUGACAAUAAAAUUGAA